AUGGAGCCUGUCCUCCACGCCUCGCACGGCUUGCGAAUUGCCGUUGAAGGCUGUGGUCAUGGCACGCUGCAUGCAAUUUACGCAUCCGUGAAAAAAUCAUGCGAAGUUCGAGGUUGGGAUGGUGUUGAUUUGCUCAUUAUUGGGGGGGACUUUCAGGCAUGGUUCCCCCAGGCGGUUCGCAAUGCUCAGGACCUCACUGUGAUGUCCUGCCCCGUGAAGUAUCGCGAGAUUGGUGACUUCCAUUCAUACUAUGGCGGUUCGGCCAAAGCUCCUUACCUUACAAUCUUUGUCGGAGGCAACCAUGAAGCAAGCAGUCAUUUGUGGGAACUCUACUACGGAGGAUGGGUUGCCCCAAACAUUUACUACAUGGGAGCUGCAAAUGUUGUCCGACUUGGUGGUGUUAGGAUUGCUGGCAUGUCUGGAAUCUGGAAAGGGUACAACUUCAACAAACCGCAUCAUGAACGACUACCGUACAACGAGGAUGAUGUCAAGUCGAUAUACCAUGUACGAGAACUUGACACGAGAAAGUUGCUCCAGCUGAGGACGCAAGUGGAUAUUGGCAUCAGCCACGAUUGGCCGAGGGCAAUUGAAAAUCACGGAAAUUCAAGAGCCCUAUUCAACAUGAAACCGGACUUUGAACAGGAAUCAAAGGAUGGCACUCUGGGGAGUCAAGCUGCAGCAUAUGUUAUGGAUCGUCUAAGACCUCCAUACUGGUUUGCUGCUCAUAUGCACUGCAAGUUUGCCGCAACCAAGACGUACGAGGAUACAACAGUAGCCAAAGACAUUUCGACUACCAAUAUUGCUGAUACAAAUGGGUCGACUGCCAAAGAAUCCAUCGAGCCUGCAGAUAUUCAUAAUACGGAUGAAAUUGACCUUGAUAUAGAUGACGAUGAAGCGGUCCCCAAACAGACUGUAGCAACAAACGGUACAUCAGUCUUGAAAAACCAAGAUGAAAUAAGCUUAGAUGAAGACGAGCCAGUUGGUGGUGGGCCUGCUCUAUCAGCCGUCCCCGAAGAUCUUCGAGCUCAGUUACCUUCAACCUUUUCAAGACCUGCCCCUCCGUCUCAACGGCAACAGCCUGGCCAACCUACGCCGCCCGAUGUGACGAACAAGACUGUUCGAUUCCUUGCCCUCGAUAAGUGCUUACCUAGCCGCAAGUUUUUGCAACUUCUUGAGGUCACGCCAUAUGCGCAGCCCGAGACUCAAUCUACUUUUUCCGAGGCACCCUCUUCCCGGCCAAAGCCAAAAUUCGAAUAUGAUCCGGAGUGGCUAGCCAUUACUCGAGUCUUCGCUUCUGACUUGGUCCUUGGGGACAAGAGUGCCAAACUACCUCAAAGUCUAGGAGAAGAUCAUUAUCGGCCUUUAAUUGAAAAGGAGCAAUUAUGGAUUGACGAAAACGUUGUGAAGAAGGGAAAAUUGGAGAUUCCAGAGAAUUUCGUGCUUACAGCACCUGCCUUCAUCGUUGGGUGUCCCGAAAUCGUCAACGACGGGCCAUUGGAAUACAGCAAUCCGCAAAUGGGGCAAUUCUGUGAGCUGGUUGGCAUCGAGAAUAAAUUCUUCGCCACACAAGAGGAACGUGAUGAGAGAAUGAGAAGUGGUCCUGCUCCUGCUGAAGCGAGGCGAGGCGGUGGUUUCGGCCGAAGAGGCAGAGGCGGUGGUCGGGGCGGAGGAAGAGGAAGUCGUGGUAGAGUAUGGGGCAGAGGAAGGGGUUGGUAG